UCCACAGGUGAAAGUUUAUAUAAUGAAGUCAAAGGAGUCUCUGAUCUGCUUCUGUUGUUAGAUUCUGCUGAAGGUUCUACUGCUAUGAAAGCAUCUGAUACUCAAGGGUUUGACAACAAUGGGAAACAGUAUAAGAAGGGUGUGCUUGGGGAGCUCAUUCUAAUCCAGCAGCAAAUCCAGGAGCAUGAAGAGGCAGCACGCAGGGUCGCCGAACAGUUAAGCUCUGGCUCCUCUCAACAGAAACGAAAGGUUUCGGACAAGGACAAAGCUGAACAGUUGCAAGAAGAACUUCUCCGCACACAGCUGAAAUAUCAAAGAAUUCUUGAACGUCUAGAGAAAGAAAAUAAAGAGUUGCGAAAACAGGCUCUCCAGAAAGAUGACAAAGGCAUUCACCUAAGGAAGAUGAAGAAGUCUCUAAUUGACUUGUAUUCCGAAGUGUUGGACAUCCUGUCAGACUAUGACUCCAACUACAACACCCAGGACCAUCUCCCAAGGGUAGUUGUAGUUGGAGACCAAAGUGCUGGAAAGACCAGUGUUCUGGAAAUGAUUGCCCAAGCUAGGAUAUUUCCUCGAGGAUCUGGUGAAAUGAUGACUCGUGCGCCUGUCAAGGUGACAUUGAGUGAAGGACCUCAUCAUGUGGCAGUGUUUAAAGACAGCUCACGAGAAUUUGACCUGACCAAAGAUGAGGAUCUAGCAGCCUUGCGCAAUGAAAUUGAAAUAAGAAUGAGAAGUAGUUUAAAAGACGGGCAAACUGUCAGUCCUGAGACCAUUUCAUUAAGUGUGAAGGGUCCAGGUCUGCAGCGAAUGGUACUAGUUGAUCUUCCUGGCGUUAUCAGUACUGUGACAUCAGGAAUGGCUGCUGACACCAAGGAUGUAAUUUUUAGCAUAAGCAAGGCUUACAUGCAGAAUCCCAAUGCUAUUAUCCUUUGCAUCCAAGAUGGUUCUGUAGACGCUGAACGCAGCAUUGUCACUGACCUGGUUAGCCAGAUGGACCCACAAGGCAGAAGGACUAUCUUUGUGUUGACCAAAGUGGAUCUAGCAGAAAAAAACCUGGCUAGUCCCAGUAGGAUUCAACAGAUUGUGGAAGGCAAGUUGUUCCCAAUGAAGGCUCUUGGUUACUUUGCAGUCGUUACUGGCAGAGGGAACACCAAUGAAGGUAUUGAUUCCAUAAAGGACUAUGAAGGAGAUUUCUUUCAGAAUUCAAAAUUAUUGAAGACAGGGAUGCUGAAAGCACAUCAAGUGACGACUAAGAACCUGAGCCUAGCAGUGUCAGACUGUUUCUGGAAAAUGGUGCGCGAGUCUGUGGAACAGCAGGCUGAUGCAUUUAAAGCUACUCGAUUCAACCUUGAAACUGAAUGGAAGAACAACUAUCCUCGGCUGAGGGAACUAGAUAGGAAUGAACUGUACGAAAAAGCGAAGAAUGAGAUUCUGGACGAAGUGAUCAGCUUAAGUCAGGUUACUCCCAAACACUGGGAAGAGAUUCUACAACGGAAACUAUGGGAAAGAGUCUCUACACAUGUACUAGAGAACAUUUACCUUCCUGCUGCUCAAUCGGAGAAUUCAGGCACAUUCAAUACUACAGUAGACAUCAAACUCAAACAAUGGACUGACAAACAACUGCCUCACAAAGCAGUAGAGGUUGCUUGGGAAACAUUGGAGGAUGAGUUUGCUCGUUUUAUGUCAGAACGCAAGGGGAAGGACCAUGAUGAUAUCUUUGACAAACUAAAACAAGCUGUUAAAGAUGAAAGUAUAAAACGUCACAAAUGGAAUGAGCAGGCUGAAGACAGUCUGCGAGUCAUCCAGCACAAUGCUUUAGAAGAUCGUUCUAUAUCUGACAAACAGCAAUGGGAUGCAGCAAUCCAUUUCCUGGAAGAAACAUUACAAGCCCGUCUUCGAGACAGUAUGUUUCGAAAAUUUCAUGAUGAAUUUAAAAUCUGGACUAAGAAGAAAGUGAUGUGGAUUCAGUUGUCUUUCCCCAGUAGUGCAGCCAGAGCUGCUCAACAACACUCAGUUCUCUCUGAUGAGACGUCAUUGCUGCACAGAAUUGUCAUUAAACCUGAAUUAAAAGUGCGUUUUAUUGAAAUUCAAAAGAUCAGAUACAUCUGGGACCUCAAUGAAAAACAAUUUGUUAGAGCUGAAGUACUGGAAGACAGGCACUCCUGUGCUGAUAAUCGUAAUAAAUUUGGAUCUGGAUUGACAACCACAGAAGAGGCUACCAGGAGAUUAAUAUUUGGACCUAAUAUAAUUGACAUCCGAAUUUCUCCCAUUUGGAAGCUACUUUGUAAGGAGCAAUCGAUAAAGUUGUACAAACUUGUAGAAUCUCACAAUAACAUGAUGGUCACCAUCUGCAGAAAAGGUGGAGGAUAUGAGAAAGUGCCAUCGAGUGAACUGGUGCCUGGUGAUGUACUCUUAGUAACAGGAAAUAAACAAGUAUUGUCCUGUGAUGCCAUACUGAUCCAUGGGGGCUGCAUUGUCAAUGAGAGCAUGCUUACAGGUGAAAGUAUUCCUGUAACAAAGGCACCAUUGCCAAGUGUAGUUAACCCUAGCUGUUGGAAGAGCUCAACUGAAGAUUACAAACGUCACAUUCUGUUCUGUGGGACUCAAGUCAUUCAGUCAAAAGCAACAAGCGAGGGUGAAGUAAAAGCUGUUGUCUAUCGAACAGGUUUUACUACUACCAAGGGAGAGUUAGUGAGAUCCAUUCUGUACCCAAAACCAAUGGACUUCAAACUGUACCAAGAUGCCUUUCGAUUCCUGUUAUGCUUGACAGUCAUUGCAACAAUUGGAAUGAUAUAUUCAGUUUGUAUCCUUGUGCUAAAUGGGGGAGCAUGGAGGCUCGAGGUAGGGGCGAUGGGAGAUGGUUGUACAGAGAAGAUAUCUGGUGACCAGACAGAGACCAUAUUGAUGGUCUCCGCUUGCGACCAUUUUGUCCCAAGUGGAAAUGGAGUCUGUAUUCCAGAAAAAAAACAAACUCGUAAAAUAACAAGAGAAAGAGUUCGUGAGAUUCAAGAAAAGUUAGAAGCAUUCAUUGAAGCGCUACAUCAAGAAAAAUAGCAAUGUCUCUUUCAGCCUCUGACAUGGAGUUUUGUGUCAUAAGAUGUUGCUUGAAUCAGGAACCACUAUUUGAAGUGCUACAGAAAGACUCAAAAGUACGAUUAAACACACCUCAGAAGACAUCACUUCACAAUUUGUGUUAAAAUUGUUUAAAAUUGGAAGAGCAUUUAGGUUCUCCAUGCAUUCUACUCUUUGAGCUGAGAAUACGUGAGCAAUGUUUUACUUGCAUUUUUAUAAUAAUUCAGUCACAAAAGCUUCAGCUAAUCAAGUUUUCUAUUGUAAUAUGCAGCCUCCUCAAACACAUUAAAAUGUUGAUUGUUUAAGUGCCCAAAACAAGAUUAAGCGCUGUUGUGUAACAGAGCUGAUGAACUGUUUUGCUAAAUGUAACACUUUUUGGUGCAAAUAUUUUAAUUGUUUCUCUCAUAUCCAGUCCAAUAUGAAAUAAAGAACAGCUGUCUAAAUUUGCAUUCAUUGGGCAUUAUAUAGUCUAUUUCUCUCAUCCACCUCAUAAGUGCACUGGGUUGCAUUUAUUAAUUCAGAAGAAAAAAACUGCAUUUCAGUGAAGAGAAAUAAAAUGCAAAGUUAAAAUUCGCAUCAGACAAAUUUUGUCUGGAGUACAAUGAAAGUCAUAUCCAGUGUGGUUUCCAUUUGGAUCCUUCGAUAUUGGGUCUAUAGUUGUGUAGCAGAUUCCUCAGAAUUUGUGCAUGUACUUACAUAAAUGAAAAAAGAUGAUCAUAGUUUGUGAAUUUUCUUUGCAAGUGUCCAGGCUAUGCUUGAUGUAACUAGUGAGGAGUCAUGUAUUUAUUGAGUGCUGUUAUACUAAAUAAAACAAAGUGCAAUUUUGGAAA